AUGAAUUUAGUUGUGCCAGUCCUCAUCGGAUUGUUUUGUGGAAUGAUUCCUCUCCAAGUCAAUGGUGCAGGAGCUCCAUUUGCUUUGAAGAACGAUGUUUUCAACGACCCUGAAAUAGGAGUACAACGGUGGGUCUUUGACAUGAUCAAUGUCUGGCCUGUUUGGGAGCAAGGAAUCUUUGGCACGGGUGUUCGAGUCCGAAUCAACGAUGAAGGUGUGGACAGUCAACAUGAAGAAUUUGAGGGUCGGUUUGAUGCAGAUGCAUCCUGCCAAGUCUACGAUAUUUCGUACGAUAAAAAGAAAAAGGAGUUUGGUCAGCAUGGGACGAUUGUAGCUUCAAUCAUUGGUGCGGCUGGAAACAAUGGCCAGUGUGCCGUGGGAGUUGCUCCUGAAGUUGUAUUUUCGUCUUGUGUGAUACUUUCCGCACCGGAUGUAGACGAGACGUCACAUGAUGGAACCUAUCCAGCAUACAAAUUAGAUCAAAUUGACAUUUCGCAGAAUUCAUUCGGGGUACAGACGUGUCGAGCACUUGAAAAUUCUACGUUUGAAGGAACCUUUCCAAAUAUCAAUACAUGUCCAUUCACCUACAAAUACGGAGACACAGUUCCCUUCUUUGGGCAAGCAAAAAACAUUACCCAUCCUUGCAAAGCCUGCGAAUUUCCUUCGACACAACCCGACGUGUUCUGUGCAAAUGUAGUCGACCAACACUGUCUUCUUUUUGCCGAGUUUGAUCAUGAAAUUUGUAUGGAACUAUUGGACAAACUCGUCCUUGGUGGACAAUGUGGUUUUCGACCCAUGAAUCCAGUAACGACUGCUGCAAUCGAACAAGGAGCUAUGAAAGGACGCGACGGCAAAGGUAUCAUCUAUGUGCAUUCAUCGGGGAAUGAUCUUGGAUUAGCUGGGAACACGAACUUUCAGCAACCAAGCCGAUUUCCAAUCUUUGUGGGAGCAGUCGGCAAGGACGCCAUGUCGACAUCUUAUUCCGCCCCUGGAGCUUCACUUUUGCUGACAGCCCCAGGUGGAGAUAUCUCUGACUUGACUCAUCAAGCUGCUGCUUAUGCGGGUGGAGGGUGUCAACUGGCAAACGUCGGAACUAGUUUCUCGAGUCCGAUAGUAUCGGGUGUGGUUGCAUUGAUGCUAGAAGCGAAUCCGAAUCUUACUUGGCGGGAUGUCCAAGGAAUCCUAGCUAUCACUUCUCGUCCAGUCACUCAUGCAAAUUUUGAAGACGAUACACAGACUACCAACGGUGCAGGGUUAACCCACUCCAAUCUCUACGGAUUUGGUAUUGUUGAUGCCUUUGGGGCAGUGACAGCGGCCCAGAAUUGGUUAUUGUAUGGUGAAGAACAGAUCCUUACUGCAAUUGAUUCCAAUAUGAAUAUUAGUAUUGGAGACAAUCCCAAUGCUCCAUUGGUGGCAGAACUCUCGAUUGAAUCCAUGGAACCUCUUAUUCAGGUCGAGAAUGUGGAAGUCAAUCUUUACAUCCAGCACCUGUCUCGAGGUCAUUUGAAGGUGACUCUAACGUCUCCAGACGGAACUGUAUCCGAGCUGACACCCGGUGCCGUCCCCGAAAAUGGCCAGGAGAGUGGACCUUGGACACUCCGUACAAUUCGAUCCUGGGGUGAGAUCGCUAGCGGUACUUGGACGCUAACGAUUUCAGAUGUGACCCAAGGAGAUGUCAGCAAAUGCGCUGACUUGAUGGAUUGGCAAGUGGAUGUAAAAGAUGUGGGUCCUAUCGAUUGCGGAAUGCUGGAAUACUUCGAAGGGAUGCACGAUGAAUCAUACGUCAGUGCCAUGAGCCACAUUCUGGAUCGCAUUACGGCGGGUUGCUGUUCUUGUGGUGGUGGAAGUUUAGCAGGUAGUAUCUGCUCGGAUUUUUAUUCCGCCUCAAGCCUUUGUGAGGAUGCAGAAAGACGACAAUGGUGCGCCGAUGGAGGUCUCACAGAUGGAACCUUUCCUUCUUUGUUCAUGCUCGAAGAUGAGCAAGGUCGUCGUCCAAAAGAUGCAUGCUGCGUUCUCGGUGGUGGAACCAAAUAUACUAACCCCGCGGACUACCAGGAUCAGUUGUUGGGAUGGGAACUCAAAGUGUAUGGUCAUGAGAAAAUCAUUACGCCAGUUCCAACCGAUCGACCAUCUUCCAUGCCGUCCAGCACUCUGUCACUUCCAUCUGAGCCUUUAUUCCCACGCCAGAAACAAGUGCCCCCCACAAGCGGCUCAGUCUCCCAGACACUCUAUACUGUUGCGAGCACACUGUUGAUGAUCACUUGUGUUAUUUUUUGA